AACAACUACCGAGACUGGUCGUCGUCCGCCAAUCUUCUGUCCUCAUUUGCCUGUUAGAAGCUUAGGUGAGAGCCAAAUCCUAGAGAGAGAAUCCAUCCUCUCUCCUCUGUGUGACCGUCUGGUAGAUUUUCAGGCUCAAGAGGGGCUGCUUCUCUGGACUGAGAGAAGCAUGGGGAGGAGUCUGCGAGUGGCGGGUCUAUCGCCAAUGGAGGUCGCGGCUCUCGUCACCAGCUGGUGGGACGAGAUCAACGAGUCAACCCGGUGGCAGGACGGUAUUUUCUACGCUCUCUGUGCCGCCUACGCGCUCGUCUCCUCCGUCGCCCUGAUUCAAUUGAUAAGGAUUGAAUUGAGAGUGCCUGAAUACGGUUGGACGACUCAAAAAGUUUUUCAUCUCAUGAACUUCAUUGUCAAUGGAGUACGCGCAAUUGUGUUUGGGUUUCACAAUGAAGUCUUCGAUUUAAAUCCAAAGGUUCUUACUUGGGUUCUGUUGGAUCUUCCGGGGCUCUUAUUUUUCUCUACAUACACACUUCUCGUCCUCUUCUGGGCAGAAAUAUAUCAUCAGGCAAGAAGUUUACCAACAGAUAAACUAAGGACUGUUUAUAUUGCAGUCAACGGUGCCAUAUAUUUCAUCCAGGUUUGCAUCUGGAUUUACCUGUGGAUAGAUGACAACAGCACUGCGGAAUUUGUUGGGAAAGCGUUUAUCGCAGUUGUGUCAAUAUUAGCUGCAUUGGGCUUCUUGCUUUAUGGAGGAAGGUUGUUUUUCAUGCUAAGGCGAUUUCCUAUUGAAUCUAAAGGAAGAAGGAAGAAGCUCCAUGAGGUUGGAUCUGUCACAGCCAUAUGCUUCACCUGCUUCCUUAUCAGAUGUUUUGUGGUCCUUCUAUCCGCAUUUGAUUCAGACGCAUCCCUCGACGUUUUGGACCAUCCGAUUUUAAAUUUGAUAUAUUACAUGCUGGUUGAGAUCCUACCUUCAGCUUUAGUCCUCUUUAUCUUAAGGAAGUUGCCUCCCAAGAGGAUAUCGGCUCAAUACCAUCCGAUCCGCUAGUCAAAGUCAAUCCUUUUUUUGGUAGAUAAUUAUUCUUUUGUCCUCUCGAAGAUGGGUUUUUCAUGGUUCGACAGCUAGAGCUACUGAAGUAGAGUAAUGGGAAGCAGAGCCAGAAAAAAAAAAAAGAAUUCCAGAUGUAUCAUUCGGGUAUGGCUCACGACGCCGGCAAUUCUUUUUACAUUUAUACUGUUGUAAUUUAUUGUAGGGGAGGUAUCUUUCAAUUACUUCUCUUUCUCCUUUUUUUCAAUCCGCUUCCUUUUGGGCGGGGUUCGAGGGGCACAGCAGAGGGCUGCAUGUUUGUACAAUAAAUCAUGUGCAGAUAUUGGGUCGGGCAUUUGGAGAAAGAAAGAGUCGAUUUGAUUUCAGACAUUAGAUCCUCAUGUUUAUAGCAAUGACAUCGGCCGUGUUAACAGAAGUGCCUAUUGCAGAUUUUGUGUUCUCUGUUUUCAAAUUCUUGGAGUUGAAAGGAAGAAGUUGAUGUUUGUAUUA